AUGAGGGGCAGACCCACCAACGACCCUGGCGUGAGCCUCGCCUCACCCAGUGGUGGCACCGGCAGCAACGCGACAUCGGCGGCGGCGGACGAGUACCUGGCGCCGCACAACCAGGCGCGCGCGGCGGUGGGCGUGCCCCCGCUGCGGUGGAGCGCGGACCUGGCAUCGACCGCAGCGGAGGUCGUGGCGCAGCAGCAACGGCAUGUCGGGUGCGCGUUCGUGGACAUGGGCGGCAGCCCCUACGGCGCGAACCAGGGGUGGGCGAGCUACCGUGCGCGGCCCGCCGAGGUGGUGGCGUCGUGGGUGGCGCAGGGGCGGUACUACACCCACGCCAGCAACACCUGCGCCGCUGGGCGGCAGGGCGGCACCUACACGCAGGUGGUGUGGCGCCGCUCCGCCGAGCUCGGGUGCGCGCAGGCGUCCUGCGCCACGCUCACGCUCUGCCUCUACAACCCGCAUGGCAACGUGCAGGGACAGAGCCCCUACUAG